AUGUGAAGGGUGUUUUAUAAAUGCAAGUUGUUGUCAAGUCUGGCUAAUCAAAAGGAGGUGAUUUAGUCAUUUGGAGACUAUGGGCCUAAUGUUGGGGGCAAUGGCUGCCCAGUGCAGUCGGACGUCAUAAAGCAAUGUUGUCACUGUUUUAUGACCUCAUUGAGGGGUCAGAUUGCUCAUUAGCUGACGUCACAAUGAAGGGCAGUUUCUCUAGGCAGCGACUGGCAAACGGUCCUCACAUCGAGGAGGUCCAGUCGCUGAGACGACAUUCAGUAACGUAUCUGAGAUCAGGAUUAGACGAGGCGAAAGAUGGCCGACUGGAAGAAUUACAUCAACACUAUACUGAAGGACAAGAACGUGGAGGAUGCUGCCAUUGUGGGACAUGCUGAUAACAAGUCCGUCUGGGCUUCCAAGCCAGGGGGAGUGCUGGCUGCCAUCUCCCCUCAGGAGGUCAGCAUGUUAACAGGACAGGAUCGCAAGGCUUUCUUACAAACUGGCAUUACCAUCGGAGGUAAGAAGUGCUCCGUCAUCAGGGACAAUCUGAUGAUCAACAACGAUGGAGUGAUGGACGUGAGGAUGAAGGGAGGUCAAGGAAAGAGCAUCUGCAUCGGCAAAACCAUCAAGACUAUGGUAUUUGUGAUGGGCAAGAAGGGGAUCCAUGGAGGAAUUCUCAACAAGAAGGUGCAUGAGAUGGAUAACUUCCUGAAGCAGAAAGGCUUGUAGAAGAGAAGAGAGCCAAGACAGGAAUGUUUGAACAUAAAGAUUUUCUAAAAUAGUUGAUUAUAAUAAAGUCUACUUGAAAGCAA